AUGACCUCGACGUCGACGUUCGACCGGUGGGAGAAGGAUCCCUUCUUCGCCGUCGCGGAGGAAGUUCAGGAAUCCGCCGACAGGUUUGGGGAUUCCGUCUAAUAUCGUUUUGAUGUUUUAUCAUCCGAUGUGGUUUUUAGAGUUAUUUGAGUUUUUUUGCCGUUCCCUUUGUAGGAUGGAAUCCAUCUAUAGGAGAUGGAUGCACGAGAAGAAAGGCCAUCCAAAGCUCGAAGGAGAGGAAGAAGCCUCCGGGGAACCAGAGCUCCGUAGAGAGCUUCACGCGGCGCUGGGGACCGCAAAAUGGCAGGUAUUUUUUUUUCAGAAACCUUCGGCCAUUUCUUCUCACAGAGGUUGCGGACAGGGGAUCUGAAGUGCGAGGUUAUCCUUUAUCAGCUCGAAGAAUUCGAUCGAGCAUCUCGGUCAAAUGGUCCGGCAAAUGAGACAGACGAUGAUUCCAGGAAACGGCACAGCCAAUUCGUGGCGGCUAUUGGGAAUCAGAUACUGGCCGUAGAGGGCGCCUUGAAAGAUUUGGAAAUUGAGGGCGGACGCACGCCACUGGUUUGGGUGCGUUUAGACGAGGGGGAGCGUGAUGAGCUCGCCAUGUUCCUCUCAGGUCCACAGUCCUCUAUUGAACAGAAGAUGCGGCUUGUAGCUCCAUGUACAGCAUUGAACGAGGGGAAAAAAAUACCUCCCCUUGCCCCAGGCAGUGGAAAUGGAUGGAGUGAGACAAAGGGCAUCAAUAGAGAGGUCAGGAUUGAUCUCCCGAAGAGCUCCGUGGUCUCAAAUGAACCGGGUGCGAAGGAUGCCCGGGAGGAGAGGAAACACGGGCAUCGCAGAGCAGCAAGUGUUGGUGCGGAUUUGGGGACGUGGAAGAGUUCAAUUUCAAAUGAAGAUUCCCCGCGGAGAUCUUUGAAUGAGCGGCCUGAUAUGCCACCUCCAAAAGUCCUAAGUUUCUCAGGACUGUCAAUGGCUGCAGAGUCAACAUGGAGGAUUAAGUGGGUUAAGAAUGGCUUCCGGAAAUGGAAAGGCAGUGAUCAACAUCACACUUCAGAUUCCAUACCCCUGAAAACCAAUCAGUACAGCCAGGUAGGUCGUCAACUUGUUAUGCUCUAUGUUCAUUUUCAUUGGUUAUCACAAAAGGGUUGGCCGCAAUUGAUGACAUCUAAUGGUGAAUUUUUGAAUUGAAGGACCUCGACACAUUCUGUGAAAAGGGUAAGAGCUGUCUCAGUGACUGUGGUGAUGAAUCAUACGACAAGCAGAUUUAUGGAUGCAUUGGAACUUUCCAGAGACAGCUUCAGAGGUCACAAUAUCAGAUUCAGUAUGGCCGACCGAUUCAAGUGAUUUUCUGGGUGGCACUUGCCUUUCUUUUGAUCAGUAAGUUUGAAAUUUUUCGUGUUUUUGGAAAUUCGUGGAUCAUGUGGUCAAGAAUUAAACGUGGAGUUCUGUCAGUUUUCCAAACCUCUUUCCAAACCACGAUUGCAGACAUCUUUGGGUUGCCAAAAUGUGAAAUUACAUGAACAAAUGGAUUAUUUCCAUCUUCAAGAAUACUGCAAUAUUGUCCUGUCUAAUUUGUGAGUUUUUAAUUUAUUUAAAAAAGAAUACCACUUCCUAGUAGGGCGAUUACUGUACCCCAGGGACAUAGAUCUCAUGGAAUUCUCCGUAUUAUAACUUUUUUUUUUUUUCUCUCUGAGGAGAGUUUGUCCGCUCACCGGUUGGAACUGAUUUUCGUUAAAAAUGUAAAAGGACAUUUGAUUUUCAUUUGGACAUGCCGACAUUAUAAGAAUUCCACCACAUUACAUAUUCCUUGGACAGAUUCACGGGAAAGCUUGUGUCGGCCAGAGUGGCUGGUCUGGGGAAAAGUCCAACUUGGAUUAAAAUAGCCAUGACUAUGGUAGGAUUUUAAAGUUUGAUCUUAAUUAAUAUCCUAUGCUAAUUGAAGUCCAACUAGCAUUCCUACUCUAUGGUUCCCACAAGGAACAGACCUACAAGAGAUAAUAUCAUUGGACUUGGCUGCAUCGGUUGGUAGAGGGAAGUAGUGGUACUUGCUAGUUGGUAGCAGCUAGGGAUGGCAGUUCUUUUCCUUUUUUUGUUCUUUCUUCCUCAGGCGUUUGCCCUUUCUUUCCACGACCUUCAGUCAGUAGGCUCCAAGUUGGCGCUUCUUUUUUUUACUAAUCGAACCGCCAUAUUUGGUCUAGAACCAAACAAUUUAAUUGAGAGAUUGGUUGAUUUUUGCCUGUUUUGUGCUUCCCCUUUAGUUUGGAUCAAUUCUCCCAGUUUCGAUUGAAUUAGUCCAUUCUCCAGUCAUGUUUUUCUGUGAUCUUAAUUUUCAAGAGGAAGAUUGUCUGUCCAUUGCCUUGGAUCUGCAUCUAAAUCAAGUGGAAGAGGUAACAUAGGUCAGAGGGUUGUGGCCUAUGGAGAAGGUGAUAUACGAUGGAGACGAUUGUUAAAAGUUAUUGGACUAAGCAUUAUUACUCAAAACUACUUGGCAAUGA